AUGGCCCGAAUUGUCAAUUGGAUCAUGAAGUGCAAAUCAGAUGAAACAGAUAUAGUACCUCAUAGCAUUAUUGCAUUAUAUUGUUUUCAGGCUCGAGAAGAACAGGCCAAGCUAGAAAUGAAACAUCGAAAGGAAGAAGAUGACCUGUAUAGAAGAUUCGCAAGGAAACGUGAAGAAGAAGACAAGCGUAUGCAGACUGAAUUCCAGGAUGAAUGGGAACGAGAACUUCAAAGAUUGGCACACAAAUUUGAGAAAGAGAUGACUACCUCAAGACGUACCCGGGAAGAUCAAAGUAUAUUAACUUUAAAGCACGAGCAACAGAAGGAAGACCUAGAGAAGAACAUGACAAUUCGCAAGACAAAGAAAAAGGAAAGCCUUACGCGAAAACUGCUCGAACAUGAACGUUCGGAAACUGCAGCGCUAGUAGAUCGCCAGUCAAGCGAGAUGCUAGAACUAAUCAGUGCUCGUCGCAGUGAGUACAUGCAAACUGAAAGUAUAUUUCUCGACGAUGAGUUCACCGAAAGCACAGUACCUCUGGAAUAUCCUCUGGUUGCUCCAAAGCCAGCUCCACCAGCGCUUAGUAAAUUCCAAAUUUAUAACGACCCGAUCGAGUUCCAAGACGUGGAUCAGAUCGCUAUCACAGUUGCUCAAGAAGACCAAAAAACCUUCACAGAUCUUGUGCGUCAGCUUGUUGGCCGAUGUACCUCUGAUAUAGAGAAAGCUCGCACCAUUUUUAGAUGGAUUACCGUGAAAAAUCUAAACACCAUGACUUUUGACGACGACCUACGUGGUGAUACUCCAAUGGGAUUAUUACGCGGUAUCAAAUACGGUACGGAAAGUUACCACGUUCUGUUCAAACGACUCUGCAGCUACGCAGGUCUUCAUUGUGUAGUUAUUAAGGGAUACUCAAAGAGUGCAGGUUAUCAACCUGGAGUCAAAUUCCAAGAUUCGAGGUUCCGAAACUCUUGGAACGCGGUAUAUGUUGCAGGUGCGUGGCGUUUUGUACAGUGCAACUGGGGUGCUCGCCAUCUGGUCAACGCAAAAGAAGCUCCUAAGAGUGGCAAGGGUAAAAACGACAGUUUGCGUUAUGAAUACGAUGACCACUAUUUCCUAACGGAUCCACGCGAGUUCAUCUAUGAGUUCUUCCCUCUUCAAGAAGAAUGGCAGCUACUCAAACGGCCUAUAACGUUGGGUGAAUUUGAAAAUCUUCCUUUUGUCAGGUCGCUGUUCUUCCGAUACGGUCUCCAUUUCGCCGAUGAAGGAUACGGAGCUGUUGUAUUCACUGAUGAUACAGGCGCUGCAACAGUAAGGAUAGCAAUGCCUUCUGAUAUGCAAGGCUGUUUGAUAUUCCAUUACAACCUCAAGUUCUACGAUAGUGAAGAGGAUUCGUACGACGGAGUAUCUUUGAAGCGCUUCGUUAUGCAGUCAGUUAUUAGCAACAUCGUAGCUUUCCGUGUCCACGCACCAUGUUCGGGAGCCUUCUUGCUGGAUAUUUUCGCCAACGCGGUCACACCUCAAGAGUACCUGACUGGAGAACCGAUGAAGUUUAAAAGUGUUUGCAAAUUCAAGAUUUGCUGCGAAGAACUUCAAACAGUAAUGGUUCCACUUCCAGACUGUGCAAGUGGCGAAUGGGGUCCAACCAAGGCUACGAGACUCUUUGGACUGAUACCAAUUACACAUCAAGAGCCACUUAUUUUUUCCGGACGAGCUAUUGAAUUACAAUUUCGAAUGUCUCGACCUCUAACAGAUUUUAUGGCAACCCUACACAAAAAUGGAAUCGAAGAGAAAAAGCUUUCAAAAUAUGUACAACACAGUGUUGUAGGUGAUACAGUUACGUUCAAUAUCAGCUUUCCACAAGAGGGUCAGUAUGGUCUGGACAUCUACACGAGAGAGGUGGGAUCAAUAACGAACAAUAACAACUCGCCAAAUGAGAAACACUUGCUAACGCAUUGUUGCAAAUAUUUAAUAAAUUCAUCGAAAAGAAACUGAGCUUGACAACAGAGUCGGUUUGAAGCUUGUUGGUAGUUCGUUACUGUCGUGAAUAUAUUUGUUAUUUGUUUUCUGUAAAUAUAGUUUGUAGAGAAUGUUCACCACAAAAUCAGAA